AUGCCCGAUGACAUGCUCCUCCUCAUCGUGUGUCGAUUUCUUCUAAAACACUCGGUUGAAGCUUGUCUGAGCACCACCUGUUCAACGGAAUGCCCCAGUGACCCCGACGCCACGGGCGACAUGUCAGGCGACCCGCGCGUUCCUGGCGAUAUGUGCAGGAUCAAUGCCCUGCCCGAUGACAUACUCCUCCUCAUCUUGUCCUACCUGAAUGCCCGCCAGGUCGUGCAGACGUGCGUGCUGUCACUGCAGUGGCGCAACCUCUGGCGCUCGGUGCCCCGCAUCAACGCCACGCCCGACGAGUUUGAGGACAUGUCUGAUGAGUACGGGGAGUACACCGUGCUAUUCAAGGAGUUUCUCAACCGUUUCUUGAUGCUCCGUAACCCAGUUGCCUUGGAUGAGUUCGAGCUUUGGUAUGACAUGCCUUGGGACUCUGAUGACUAUUCAGAAGAUGCUAACCUAUGGAUCUGCCAUGCUCUACAUUGCAAUGCUCGAUCUAUCAUGGUUUGGGUACGGGACAAUAGCUUGCGGCUGGAUCCCGUGGUGUUUCUUCCUGGACGCUUCUUGAGAAGGCUGCAUCUUACGAGUGUUAUCUUGCCCCCUGGUUUCUUUUGCCAACUCGGAACAGGCUGUAAAGCAUUGAAAUAUCUUAUCUUACAUACCUGUGACAUUUCUGAUGUUGAGAUCACCUCCAAGACGCUGAAGGUUUUGACCAUGGGUAUUGAUUGUCACUACACAUUUGAAGAACAGUGCUCUAUUUCGAUUCCCAGCCUCGUCCACCUCAAUUACUUUACUUAUCGAAGAAUACCUCUGCUGAAGAACAUGAAAUCACUGGAGAGAGCAUUUGCUGUACUCAAUACCUAUCAUACUGAGGUUGAUGAUAUCCGUCAGUUCCUCAAGAGCAUCACUGGUAUCACUGAUUUAAACUUCAGUUACAACAGACAUAUGUUGAAUAUGGGAAAUAUACAGUGGUGCCCAAAAUUCAACAAUCUUACAACCCUGACACUCAGUCAAUGGUGUCUGCAUCCAGACUUCUAUCCAUUGAUAGUCUUCCUUCAGAACUCACCUAGUCUGGAGAAUCUAACUCUGAAACUCAGAGGGGUUGGCCAUACACAUCAGAGAUUCAUUGGGGAGCUAGAAGAAAGGUCGUUCAGCUGUGAGCACCUUGAUAGCGUUGAUAUUGUUUGCUGGGGGGUUCAAGAACUUGAUCCUGUGCUCGACAACCUGGUGGAGCUUCUGACUGAGAAUGGCAUAGAACCUGAUGAGAUUCACAUCAGUAUCUCGCAAUAG